AUGCAAGCACAAACAGUUCUAAACGGUCUUAAUAUUCUUCACCAGAAUAUUCAGGGCAUAAGGUCUAAACUCAACCAGAUAGAAGUUCUAUUAACUAUGGAAAACAUUGAUAUUAUGUGUAUUAGUGAGACUUUUUUAAAGAAACAAGAUGUUAAUUUUCUACAAAUUCCAGGCUAUAAAGUUGCUGACUCAUAUUGUAGAAAUGAGUCCAGAGGAGGGGUUUAUGUUAAAAAUAGUAUGGAUUUUAUUACACUUCCCUGUAUAAAUCAAUUAAGCAUAGAUAAAUACCUAGAAUGUUGUGGUAUACUGUUGCCAGAAUUAAAUUACAUUAUUGUUUGCUGUUACAGAACUCCAGACUCAAGUUUUGAAAUAUUUAUAAAAACAUUGCAUUUGCUAUUACAUAGAAUUACAGUACGUUCAAGAUAUAUGACUAAAAAAGUAAUAAUAGCCGGUGAUUUUAAUAUUAAUUUACUUGAAAAUACUCCAAAAUGUUUACUUUUUAAAAAUACUGUAUUAAAAUAUAACUUAAAACUAACAAUAAAUGAACCAACUAGGAUAACAAUAAAAUCGAAAACUUGCAUAGACAAUAUCAUAACAAAUAUUAAAGGUUGCAGCUCAAAAGUUUUACAUUUAGGAUUAUCUGAUCACUCUGCACAAUACAUAAACGUACCGUGUAAUCAAGGUUAUAUUGAAAAAUAUUGGUAUGUACAUAGGAGGAAUGAAAAUAAGUAUUUAAUUAUCUUUCUAAAAUAUCUCUCUCAAUUAAGUUUUUCUGAAGUUUUCUCGUAUCGUGAUGUUAAUCAGGCGUAUAAUACUUUCAUUAGCUUAUUCAAAUUAUUAUACGAUCUUUGCAUACCUGUAGAAAAGGUUAGAAUUUCUUUUAAGAAAAGGUCAAAUUGGCAGACAGUUAGCAUUAAAAGAGCGUGUAAAACUAAAAGAUACUUAUAUCAAAAAAUACUGAAAUAUAAGAAAAACGAAUUAAUACCGUAUUAUAAGAAAUACUGCAAAAUAUUAAAAUCCGUAACACGUUUAGCAAAACAAAAAACAAAUAUAAAAUUCAUUAAAAAUAGUAACAACAAAAAUAAAGCUACAUGGUACUUAAUAAGAAAGCAAACCACUUCACAAAACAUAUUCAAAACAACUAUUAAAAAUGUGACCAUUGAUAAUACUAAUAUCACGGAUGCAGGGGCUAUAGCAGAAGUUUUUAACACUUAUUUUGCUACCAUUAACACUCAAACACAAGCCACAGAUACCUACCCUCUACCAUCUACACAUCUACAUAGCCUAUAUUUAUCACCCGUUGACGCAAAUGAAUUGAAAAAAAUAAUCACAAACCUGAAAAAUAAAAAGAGUUGCGGCUAUGACAAUAUAUCGAUCCAAAUUAUUAAAAAAUCCAUAGAGUAUAUUAGUGAGCCGCUUGUUUAUUUACUUAACUUAAUGAUAGAAACUGGUACCUUUCCACAUGAAUUAAAAACAGCAAAAAUCAAACCUUUGUUCAAAAAAGGUUCAAAAUGUAAUAUCAAAGACUAUAGGCCCAUAGCUCUUUUAUCCAACUUCUCAAAAAUAUUUGAAAGAAUCAUCUACGAUAGGAUUAUAGAGUUUUUCAAAAAAUAUAGUAUAAUAAAUAAAAAUCAAUUUGGUUUUCAGAAAAAUAAAUCCACUACACUUGCAAUGUAUGAAAUACUUAAGGAAAUUUGGGAAUCUUUAAAUAAUAAAACUUCUUGUGUAGGUUUGUUUUUAGAUAUGUCAAGGGCAUUUGACUGUGUAAUAUACGAUGUACUAUUAAAUAAACUUGACAAAUUAGGUAUACGUGAUUUGGCAUUAAAACUGUUAGAAAGCUAUUUAAAAAAUAGAGAACAACUCACAGCUAUUGAAAAAUUUGACAAAAUCAGUAAAACUUUCGAAGAAGUACAGUCCAAGCCAGUUAAAAUGACACUAGGUUUGCCACAGGGGAGUAUUUUGGGCCCUCUGUUAUUCUUAGUUUAUGUGAAUGACUUGCCAAAUGUCACUGACAAUAGAUGUGUUAUGUUUGCUGAUGAUGCAACUAUCUUUAUACCCGAUACUCAAAUAAAUUUUGAAAAUAACAUAAAUAAAACCUUAAAAAUAGCAGUCGAAUGGCUUAAUAAAAUUAAUUUAAACGUAAAUCUAACAAAAACUAAAAUUAUUCAAUUCAGAAAUUACAAAACAAAAUCUUUAAAUUUAAAUAUUGCAGAUAAAGACACCCAAAUAGAAACAGUUGAUAACAUUAAUUUUCUUGGAGUCACCAUAGACUGUCAUUUAAACUGGAAAUCCCACAUUGAAAAAAUAAACAAAAAAAUAUCUAGCUAUAGUUACGCAUUAUCCAUAUUAGCAGAAACAACUUCCGUUGAUGUAUCAAGGGCUGCAUACUUCGGCCAGGUAUACCCUCUAUUAGUUUACGGCAUUAUUUUCUGGGGUAAUUCUACAAACGUGCAGUCAACAUUUAUUCUGCAAAAGCGAUGUCUGCGGAUCAUUUAUAAUAUGUACUCAGACGAAACUCUAAGAAAUGUAUUCAAAGAAAAAGGUUAUCUCACUCUUACUAAUAUUUACAUUUUAGAAAUUUCAAUUUUUAUCAAACAGAAUAACAAAUAUUUUCAGAUUAAAUCAAACUUGAAUUCACGUCCAAUACGUAGUCAAUAUAAGAACAAUUUAUGUACACCUAAAAUUAAUAAUUACAUGUAUUAUAAGAGCACUUUUUGUACAGGUAUUAAAAUAUUCAAUCAUCUGCCACCUAAUAUAAAAGCUAUGGACUUGCCAAGAUUUAAAAUACACCUCAAGAAGUGGUUAAUAUAUAAUGUGUUUUAUAAUUUAAAUGAAUAUUUUAAUACCAAACAUUAA